AUAUUUGGAUUUAAUUCUUCAUUUAAUUGCGUGUAUAUAUGUGAACCCCCGUCUGGAUAGUAUUCGGCGCAUUUGCUGCAUAUCGUAAAGAGUUGUGUACGCUUUGGGUUAAUUAACAUAAUUAGGGUCAACUCUUGGCGUGAAUUAUUAAUCUUCGGUUCUCAUUUAGCAGCUUAUUAACCUUUUCACUUGAAAAAAAUCAUAUCAUCCAAGUUCAUUCAUCAAGUUAACGUUUUGGAAGUUUUUUGAAAAAUAUAAAUCAAAGAGAUUGAAGAGGAAAUUAUAAAUAACUUCGUUAAGUAUAAUAAUGUACCAACGUCGUCAUUCUUCGUUGACUUCUCUGGAUGCAUUGAAUAAUGGAGUGGAAAACCAAACGAAGAAAUUAAAGAUAGCAUUGUGUUCACUCAGUUCAGCUAAGUGUGCAUCUAGUGGAGGGAGGUUUUGCCAUAGAGCACGUUGGAACUGCAGUACAAAAAUGACUAACAUAAAUGGUAGCUUGCAUAAUGGCUCACUGGAUGCGUUACCUCGUACAGAUGAAACUCCAGGGAUGUCAAUAAAAUCAUUUGAAAAAAAGGCAAACAAAAUAUCAACCACAAAUGUCAACAACAACAACAACUGCAUCAAUGAUACACAUUGUAUUGCUGGUGCGAAGUUGUAUGAAAUUUGGACUAAAAAAUUGGCAAAAGAUCAGGUAACAGCUGAGGUGGCAUGGAAACGACUUUGCAAGAUUGGUUUCGACGGUUUGGAUGCUUUAUGUGAACGACUCGCACAGAUGGAGGGGAUUGGGAACGAGGAUGAGGAGUGUUUGAAACUGCUAGACCUUGAUGCAAUGAUGGAGAUACAAAGAGAAAUCAUAAAAGUGUUUACCGAAACCGAAGAGCUUGAAACCGAAUUGAAGCAGGUUACAAAAGCAUUACAAAAUAUUGCGCAAUUUUUGCCGCCGAGUAUUCAGCGACAAUCCGUGAAAACACGAAUAAGCGAGGUACGUAAACGAUAUUUUACAGUGUUGGAAACGUUGUCAAUCAAACGAGAAAAAUUUCGUUGGAUGGUAUCAUUGUUGGAGAAAUACAAAGAACUUGGUAGCGACAUUAAAGGUUGGCUCGAUGCUACGGAAGCGCGAAGCGAACUAUUUACAUCUGACUUUAAUAAUCACGCUCUUAUUUUGGAAAACGAAGAAGCAAUCGAGGAUAUCAACAAAGAGUUACAUAUUAAAAAAGAUCUAUAUGAGAACUUCCUAGACAGCGGAGAAGGGAUACUCGAUUUAAAACAAAAUAUUUGCCUCGAUGACCUGCAGCAUGAUCUGGAUGACGUCAUUAGUCGAUGGGAUACAUUAGUCAGCAGUAUUGAAAAAUGUAUGAACAGGCUUAAAGUAGCCAAGGAAAUAGCGGCAGAAAGUAAAAGAAACGAUACCGAGAAGAUUGAACAAAGGAUACGCAGUGAAGCGCAACUCUGUACCUGUCACAAUCCAUUUCGAAUUGUCAAAGUUGGUGAUGGCAAAUACACAUUUGGUUCAUCUAAAAUCAUUCGUUUAGUACGUAUCCAUGGUAGCAGUAUUGUUGUGCGUGUAGGUGGAGGCUGGGAAUAUCUGUAUGAUUUUCUACUCAAAACAGAUCCUUGUCGAGCCAAACAAGUUGCCGAUAUAUCAAGGAACGGCGUUCACACCUUACAUUUGGCCGGCCUAAAUUUAACUCCCAUGGACAAGAAAGGUUCGGCGGCGUUCACAUUGAACGUACGCCGCAUGUCUCAAAGUACUUGGUCGCCACAUAGAAACCACCAUAAUCGAUCUGGUAGUUUGGGAAGUGCUGCAUCAAGUGACAACAUAGACAGUUUUUAUGACGAAUCUAGUGAAUCAUUAAGUUUAUCGAACAGCUUGUCGUGUCCACAAAAACGACUAACCAAUAGAAUUACAUACACACCGAAAGCGAAAACUAUUGAUAGGAAAUACAGUUACGACAGUAAGUUGACGCACUCGGCUGACGUAGCGAGAAGUAAAAGCCUGAACAGACGCGUAAGCUUAAUAGAGCGCCAGUCUGAAUAUGCUGAAAAGAAAAGAUUGGCGAAGUCAUUUACCAUAGAUCAGUCAUAAGAAUGACAUCUGCGGCCAGAUGAAUCAUUGUUUUAAAUAUUGCAGCUAAGCUGCGGUGCACAGUAUAAUGAUGAUUAAAGUAUCCUCUAAAUGUGAUUGUGGGAAAGGAGCGUCAAAUAGACGCGGCCACACUGUAUUGAUUGUGUUUAAACAGACACGUGGGUCGGUGGUAUACUUCCACAUUUUACCAAGGUAAAAAUGUAAAAUAAAUAUUUUUGAAAAAAAGAACUUUCUCUAAAAUUUGUAUUAAAGAAAUGAUAAUUAAUUUAUGCUAAAUAUUUUGUGAAAAAAUGCAUUGGUGUAGUAUUAUAAUGUAUUGUUUAAUAGUGGUUUCCUCUAAAAGAAAUGGUGAAGCCAGCAAAA